AUGGGUACCGGCAAGAAGGAGGCCUCCCGUAAGGUGAGGCAGGGGAAGGUGAACGAUGGCAUGGGGAACGUGAAGAUGAAGGGUGAAAACUUCUAUCGUGAUGCAAAGAAGAUCAAAACCCUGAACAUGUUCAAGGAUGGCAAGGCCCGACGUAACGCGGCGGGAGACAUUACUGUCGCUGCCUCCUACCAGUCUCGGGAUGCCCCAGUUGCUCGCAUUGAGCCCAACAGGAAAUGGUUCGGGAAUACUCGAGUCAUCUCACAGGAAGCUUUGACUUCAUUCCGCGAAGCUGUCGCUGAGCGUGCUUCCGACCCCUACCAGGUGCUCUUGAAGACCAACAAACUCCCGAUGAGUCUAAUCCGGGACAACACCAAUGGUGUAAAUGGCCUCAAGCAGCACCAGGCGAAGAUGGAAAUUGAGAACAACCCGUUCAAUGAUACCUUCGGUCCAAAGGCCCAACGAAAGCGUGUCAAGCUGGGGGUUACUUCCUUGGAAGACCUUGCUGAUGAGACUGCCAAGACACACGAUUCGUAUCUUGAGAAAAACGAUCAAGGGACACAUGAGGAUGGAACUCCCAUUGUCGCCAGUGAUGUCGGUGCUGUUGAAGAUACAGUCUUCACCACUGCACGCGAGGCCGUUUUCUCCAAAGGACAAAGCAAACGUAUCUGGAACGAGCUGUACAAGGUCAUCGACUCUUCCGACGUCGUCAUUCAUGUCCUCGAUGCUCGUGAUCCGAUCGGUACCCGCUGUCGAAGUGUUGAAAAAUACAUCCGCGAGGAAGCACCUCACAAGCAUCUUAUCUUCGUGCUGAACAAGACCGACUUGGUCCCCACAGGUGUCGCUGCUGCUUGGGUUCGUCAUCUUUCAAAAGAUUAUCCGACCCUCGCUUUCCACGCAUCGAUCAACAACUCCUUUGGCAAGGGUUCAUUGAUCCAGCUUCUCCGUCAGUUCUCUUCGCUUCAUUCAGACCGCAAGCAAAUCUCUGUUGGCUUGAUCGGAUACCCCAAUACGGGCAAAUCCUCCAUCAUCAACACGCUCCGCAAGAAGAAGGUGUGCACGGUCGCUCCCAUUCCUGGUGAAACCAAGGUGUGGCAGUACGUGACACUCAUGAAGCGCAUCUACCUCAUUGAUUGCCCUGGAGUUGUCCCGCCCAACCAGAACGACACCGAGGAAGAUAUUCUGUUGCGUGGUGUUUGCCGUGUGGAGAAUGUGGAAAAUCCUGAGCAGUACAUUCCUGCCAUUCUGCGCCGUGUGCAACCCCGCCAUCUUGAGCGUACGUAUGGAAUCAAGGACUCUCAGGACGCUAUCGACUUCCUGAGUCGUCUUGCCCGCAAGGGUGGCCGUCUUCUGAGAGGAGGUGAGCCAGACCUAGAUGGUGUUGCCAAGAUGGUGAUCAACGACUUUUUGCGGGGCAAGAUUCCCUGGUACACUCCCCCUCCCAAGGCACCCAACGACGACAGCGAGAAGAUUGAGGGUCGUGAGGGUCGUUUGGGCGAAAUGGGUCGUAAGCGCAAGCUCGAUGAGGCAGUCGCAGAACCUACCGAGGAGAAGGUCGAGUCCUCUGAGUCGCAGCCUGAAGGAGAGUUCGGAGGCUUCGAAGAUGACGAAGACGAUGAUGAUUCCAUUGCGAAUCUCGAAGUCAGUGAUGUCGAGAGUGGCGAGGAGGACUGA